UGCAAGUGAUGUUGAUGCUGACAGAUGGGUGUCAAAUUACAAUCCAAAUCAUAAUUCCUGCUUGACGACUCCCGUUGUGGGUUUUAAAUAGCACUCCCACUGUCCAGCGGUCAGUGCUAAGGUAGAGCACCAAAGAGCAGGGGCUGCUCAGCUCAGGCAGAGUGGGGAGAGCUGCAGAGCAUCUGAGACUCUGGACAAACCACAUGGGUUCUGGCACCCUUCGGGCACUCGGUGAUUGAAGGGCACGUGCUGCGUUCCAGGCAUCCCUUGGAUCUGGGAAACUGACUCUUUCCACAGUCUGAAGGACACCUCGCAGCUGGGCAGACAUGGACACAAAUUCUGAGUGGCCCCUGAACAGGAGAGGUCCUCCUCUGCCAUGCAAACCCCUGACUGGGGCACAAAAUUUCAAGCGAUUUGGCAUCCCGCUCAUUGCCACCAUCCUGAGCCUGGCCACCAUCGUUGUAAUUGCCUUCCUAAUCAAGGCAGUUCUGGAACACUACUACUUCCUCUGCAGUAAGACAUUCAAGUUCAUCCCCAUGCAGCAGCAGUGUGACGGGCAGGAAGACUGCUCCUGGGGCGAGGACGAGGAGAGCUGUGUGCAGCAGGUCCCAGAAGGCCCACCCAUGGAAGUCCGCAUUUCCAAAGACAGAUCCACCUUGCAGGUGCUAAACAAAGAGACCGGAGCCUGGUUCUGGGCAUGUCAUGAUAACUUUCAUAUGACCCUGGCAAAAGCAGCCUGCAAGCAAAUGGGCUAUAGCAGUGACCCAGCAUUCAGAGCUGUGGACAUUGCAGACACGCAGGGCCUGCCCCUCAGGGAGGUCACAUUGAACAAUGGGGUCCUCCAAGGGCAAGACUCCGGCAGGCAGUGCCUCUCUGGGACCGUCGUUUCACUCGCAUGUGCCACCUGCGGAGAAAGUGUGAGGUCUCCACGUGUGGUUGGUGGGGGCCAGGCCAGGAUCGACGCCUGGCCAUGGCAGGUUAGCUUACAGCACAAAACCCAGCACCUCUGUGGGGGCAGCAUCAUUGACCCAAGGUGGAUUCUCACAGCAGCACAUUGCUUCAAGAACAACCUGGCCCUUCAGAACUGGCGAGUGAAAGCAGGAUCCGAAAUCCUCUCCAACUUCAACACUAUCCCUGUGGAAAAGAUCUUCAUCAUUGACAGUAAUCAUAUGUUUCCCAAAGAUAAUGACAUUGCCCUGGUAAAACUAACGUCUCCCUUAAGUAUUUCAGACACAGUUAAGCCAAUCUGUCUGCCUUUUUUUGAUGAGGAAUUGCCCUCACACGCCCCACUGUGGGUGACAGGCUGGGGCUACACAGAGCAGGAUGGUACAUUGUCAAAGUCUCUGCAGCAGGCCCAGAUCAAACUGAUUGACAGCAACACCUGCAAUGCUGUCGAUGCCUACCAGGGGGACAUCUCUGAUAGGAUGAUAUGUGCAGGCCUCAUGGAAGGUGGUGUCGAUACCUGCCAGGGAGACAGCGGCGGCCCCUUGAUGUACAAUCCAGGGCACUGGCAGGUGGUGGGGAUCGUCAGCUGGGGACAUGGCUGUGGCAGACCAAGCACUCCCGGCGUCUACACCAAAGUGCAGGCCUAUCUCAACUGGAUCUACACCGUCCAGAGGGUCAGCAUCCUUGUCUCUGAAACCAGCCACUGAUGAUGAGUGGAUUCCUCCCUGCUGGGCUGGCAAAGGACAGCUUGUGCCACCCCUAUUCUUCAGAGCUCUGAGGCUCCCGCAGCGGCAGCUUCCCGUCACGGCCCCUGUGUUAAACACCUGGCUGCCCUGGUUCUAAGACCUGCUGGGAAACUCACUUCCAGCCAUUGCACCUGGGACCUGCACAUCCCUGGGUUCACUUUCUGAAGGCCCAGCACCAUGCCAUGAUUUAGCAGCAGCUCGGGACUCUGGGGGUGGUUAAAGUGGCAGAGGCCCCCAUCACAUCCAAGGAAUUUGCCUGGCUCAGAGCACCUCCCUGGAGAUGAUGAGGUAUUGCUCUCUACAGCCUCCCCAGGCCAGGAAGGUUUGCUUGGAUCCAAGCUGCUGUUUGCUCAGCCCAGUUCUACCCCGUCACAAAGUUAGUGAAACAAGCAAUGCCUUUCCCCAGUCGACUAUUCUCUCUCAGGAAAAGUUUAUCCCUUUUAAGAAAAGACCUUUGCAAAAGGAUUUAAUCCCUAUUCUUUGCAGAGAUGGGCUAGAUCCAAACCUCUGAUCCCAACAGAACCAGACUUUGGGGUCCAUCCAGCACCACCAGUGGCCCAGGCCCAUCUCUAACCUCUUGGGCACAAACCAUUCUUUGUGGCCAACAGAAUAUGGAGGUUCUCUGACUCCUCUUUAAAUUUUCACAUUCUUAAACUAAACCCCAGUGCUCAGCUGGGGAAAACAGGCAGCAGUGCCACCUGUCAAACUUCUUUAUUUGUCUGAAAUAAGAGCACACAAUUUUGUACCCCACCGUGGAUGAUUUUCUGUUGGCAGAACAAGUCCUGUUCUGGGCUGUGGAUGCAGAUGGCUGUUUGCUGUGUUGGGAUUGUUACUGGAAUGAGCAAUUAUAUUUAGUUCAAUAUCAGCCUUAGGAGACACCAGGGCUUAUGGUGAACCCUGUGUUAACUAUAGGUCCACAAACAAUCUCAUGCCUUGAACAUGAGACCAGCAUGCGCCAACGAACUGACCACAGACCUGGAAGCCAGGAACUCCUGCCUUCAAAGCUGAGUCUGCCACUUACCUCGUCAGGACAACGGAGAUAACCAGAGCGCCUCCGGUGCAACUCCAGGGGGUCCAGCGUAGCGUAAAAGUGGUUGGAGCGAGAGGGGAAUCGGCCGCGUGAGCCUGAAAUCUGACACAAACCGUUUGGUGACAAUGAUCCACUGGGCUCUCAGGCCAAGACUCGGCACUUCUUCCGGCCUAUGGCUGCUGCAAUGGGCCUGUGACGCAGAAACAAAGAGCAAGUCCCUCUCUUUAUGUGCGUGAGACAUAAAUCAACAAGCUGAAAGUGAUGCUUCUGAGCAAGGCUGCAAAUGGGUGCCAGUGGCUUGGAGACUGAACCCGUGGGAAAGGAGGGAGAGAGGAAAGACACAGGACAAAUUGUAUUUCAGGAAAGAAUUCUAAGCAAGUGGGCUGGGAAGCAAGAGUGCAAUGCCAGAGGCAGCAUAUAGCUGGACCUGCAGCGCUCUCUGCUGUUUCUGCAGCACUGGGUCCUGCUGGAGUGUGACAGAGGCUACAGCAGUUUGAAAGCAAAACCAGCAAUCACACAGCGUCUCAUUAAUUAAUGAUUGUGCGCCAGUGAGUUUCUCCAGAGCACCCUGCAGUGGGAGCCACAUAUGUCCUACUCCCAGCUCUGACACAGGCUCCCUCAUUGGCCUUGGACAAGUCAUGUCGCUGCUCUGUGCCUCAGUUUCCCAGCUGUGAAAUGGGGGCAAUACCUGCCUCUCUGGGGUGCCAGGAGGGAGAAUCAGCUAAUGCCUGUGAAGUGCCUGCAGCCCUCGGGGCAGGAGGUGUCAUGGAAGUGCUACGUUGUCUCAUCAUUGCCUACAAGUUACACACCUGAGUCCAUUUCAGGAGCCCAAGUUCCUGCAGGUGCUAGGUGAAGCGACUCACCAUUGGCUUUAGCAGCUAGGAGCUGGGGCCGGCCACCCUUCCCCUCUGUAAAGCUUGGCACAGAUACAGCCCCAGGGAUGGGGUCGCAGUGUCUGUCAAGCACUACAGAAGAAAGGCCAGCAGCAUGGUCCCCACCAGAGUCACAGUUGGGACAAGUCCUCUCUCAAAAGGAAUCAUUGGUGUUCAUUCCCUGCCCUUCCAGGCUCAAGCACUUCACACAGCCCGUGCCCCCCAUGGCAGCACAGGGCCUAGUACCAUGGGGCACACCUAGGCCCUACCACAGGUCCCUGGAGCACUGUGGGCCCAGUUCAGCCUUGGCAUCAUGCUGAAGUCAGAGGCGUUGCCCCAGGCAGGGAUCUGGCCUCUUGUACCUGUCUCAGCCUGUACUAGCUAUCUGAGCUCUUUUAAGUGCCGCAUUUUCCCCAACCUCUAAAAACCACAGGCUUCCAAACCCUAGUAGCCUCAGCCCCCUCUCUGUGCCUUCUGCAGGCCUCCAGCCCACCCGUCAGCUCCUCUAGGCUCAGCGCAAGAUCUUCAAGAGCGAAAGCUUUCAGACAGAUUUCAGAGUAACAGCCGUGUUAGUCUGUAUUCGCAAAAAGAAAAGGGGUACUUGUGGCACCUUAGAGACUAAAUGCCGAUGAAGUGAGCUGUAGCUCACGAAAGCUCAUGCUCAAAUAAAUUGGUUAGUCUCUAAGGUGCCACAAGUACCCCUUUUCUUUUAGCUUUCAGACAGGCUCCUGAGUCCACAGCCAGGCACCUAAACAGAGAGGGUCCAAAUUUCAGAGGGGCUGAGCCCCCAGCAGCUCCCCAAAUGAAGCCACUAAUUUAGGUGUCUACAGAACGAUUUAGGAGCUUACUUUAAAUCUCCCAUUUCCGAAAAUCUGAGGCAGAGGCUCUGUUCCAGGUCCCACUACAGCUGCUGCCCCUUCUCCACACUCCUACUCAGCUGCUGCUGGUAGCUGGUGGGACUGGCUGCCCAAGCAGAGAACAUUGCGCGAUGAGAACCACAGGAGAAGGUUGUCACUGAGUCGCAGAGAGAGAGUAAAUGACUAGCUCUUCAGAAGAAGAGAGAUUUGGUGAACAGAGAGACCCAGUUAUGAAUGUGGCCAGGAAAGGAAAAACAAAAAUACCCUUUAAAAGUUCAUUUGUUUUUAGGCAAAUCCUAGUGGGUUACAGCGCUCUCAUUAGCCCUCCGCUAAUAACGAUGAUUCCUCUGAGAUGCCAAGAUUACUCCCACCUUGCCAUUAUUCCUGAUUCCCAGGGGAAAAGGGAUGGGGUGGAGAAUAAUCAUAGAGUUCAGAGUAACAGCCGUGUUAGUCUGUAUUCACAAAAAGAAAAGGAGUACUUGUGGCACCUUAGAGACUAACCAAUUUAUUUGAGCAUAAGCUUUCGUGAGCUACAGCUCACUUAGCUCAUGAAAGCUUAUGCUCAAAUAAAUUGGUUAAUCACAGAGUUGAUUCCCUUCCUCUCAUGAAGAAAGCUUUAUUGUGCAGAAGUAAUGAAGAAAAUGCCUUGUGAUAUUCACUAGCAAACUGCAUUAUUAUAGAGGGACACUGUCAUCUUGAAUUAUCGUAAAUGACUAAUUUGUUUGGGCUUUUUAAAUCAACUUUCUGAUAUAUCCCUAUUCUAACAAGGAGCAGUCCCAUUCACCUUUAACUUGAUCAUGAGGGUGUCCAGCAUUCUAAUUAACCUUCUGUUAGAAACACUUUGCCCUUCUACAGCACUUUUCAUCUCAGGAUCUCAACAUACCUUACAACAUUAAUUCUUACAACACCCCUUUAAAAGAUGGCAGCAGCAGAUUCCCCGGUUUAUAGAGAAGUGAAGAGACUUACCUUUGGUUACACCCUGAGGAAGUAAGAGCCAGGAACAGAACCCAGGAGUCCUGAGUCCAAUUCCCCUGCUAUGAUCACCAUUCGGUACCCUGGAUGGAAUUCCAUGUUCUUUUGUGAAUGAAAGGAGAGCAAAGCAGCAGUUUUCCAUUUAUAUCAGUCUUGUAAAAUCCAAAGUGCCUUUAACCUGCUCUGAAUAUGCUGUCACACUGCUUCUGGCACAGUUCUGGGCCUGUGCUCAGGGCCACAGCCAGGAUCAUCCUGCGACCUAAUGCACUGAGCCACUCCACAGAGAAUAUUGCCACUCUAGGCUGCUAGCACGAGCCAGUGGCAGUAGCAGGAACAGAACCCAGGAGCCUGAAUGUGCAAGGCGCUGGAUAAUCCCUUGCCACACUUGCCCCGCCCAGCUAUUGGGCACAUAGUGACUGAGUGGCACAUGCUCAGCGCCUUGUCUCCAUGUCCUGUCCUCACUCAAGCAUCUAGAGCCAGAGGCUUAGCUUGCGCCAACUUUAACUGCCAGCGUUGCCUUCCAGUGAACUAGUCCUACCGCAGCUGCAUGUGACCCAGCAGAAACGGGGACAGCAUGCCCAGGAUGUCGCAUGGCAUUGCCACUGCGAGGGCUGCUUGUGGCACCAGUGGUUUCUUGUGGCACCCAGGAGAGGCGACCACUCCACCCCCUCCAUUCCCUCGGGUAUCAUAUUGUUCCAAAGUGGCUGCAGUUUUAUUCCAGGGCUAACCCUGACCUGGAGGGCGGAAGGAGAGAGAAGUAUUUCUAAAGGCAGGAUCCCCUCUCAGAGCCUGACGUAAAGCACUUCAAAAUCAACAGCAUCUCCCAGUCUUCAGUGGGCUUUGGGUCAGGCUCUUAGAUCUUCCUGCCACACCUUGACGGCAGGCCCUCAGCUCUGGAACCAUUGCCCC